AAUACAACAGAAAUAACAUUUUUAGACGACAUCAACAUAGACUUUUAUCACGAGAAGCUUCUCCGAUAUGUUACUGAAGUUGAUUACGACCAGAGCAUUCUGGUGUGGCACAUCGCCACUGAGAUGUUACACCAAACGGAUAUAGCAUGUUCUGACUACAUGAUGUACCUCCUGAUCGUGCAGCCUUCUCUGAUGUCAACGGUUGCCGGAAUCGAUAAGGUAAGAUUUCAGAGAGAUGCAAUAGCAGAAGCGAAGAACCUUCAAGAGGCUAAAAAGCUGUUUCAGAGGACGCAUGUUGCGGAUUCAAGAGACGCAAAGAUUGCAUGGAAGAAGCAUGAGGAACAGAAUGAGAAUGCUAGAGAGUAUAGUAGCAAGUCUGUGCUCUUCCAAGCGUGCAUGCUAGCAAAAGAGCUUAAGAGGAUCAAGAGCAAUGAUAAGAUGUGGGAAGUAGUGAGCAAAGUGUGUUUUGACCACUUCUUGUCUUGUUUAACAGAUCGGUUUUCUCGUCUUGUUAGACUUAGGUUUAAAGCCCCCAGUGACCUUUUUAAUUAAU